AACACACACUCUCUAUAGAAGAAUGAAUUCAUUGGCACUCAACCAAUUUGCAGUACUCCUCUGGAAAAAUUUUAUCUUGAAGAGGAGGCAUUUCAUUAAUUUAAUAUUGGAAGUCCUUGCAGCAUUGGUAUUUGGAAUAAUGCUUUCGAUAUUCCGUGUACUUACUAGCAUAAAGGUUACUGGACCUUAUCAUUUCAAUUCUCAACCCAUCAGUACUCUGCCUUCUUUCCUUGAAAAUCCCAGUGAAUGGGAAUUGAUUUAUGUGCCUUCUGUUGAAGUGGUAAAAGAAAUCACUGAGAACGUGAAGAGGAAUCUUAACAUCAGUAUAAAAGUUCGAGGCUUUUCUUCAGAAACUGAAUUUGAGAAUUACAUUCUCUAUGACUUUAAGUCUCAUAAUGUGCUGGCUGCUAUAGUUUUUGACAAUGACUUCAAUAACAGCCAUGACCGUCUGCCACUUCAGGUAAAAUAUCAUCUGCGUUUUGUUAGGAUACAGAGGUCGAUCUCGUGGCCAGACAGGACAGGCUGGAAAACAGCCUUUCUCUUUCCCAACCGUCCCUCUUUAGGACCUAGGAACCCAGGAUAUCCUGAUGGAGGAAGUCCUGGGUAUAUCAGGGAAGGGUUCCUGGCUAUACAGCACGCCUUGGAUAAGGCCAUCAUGCUGUACCACGAGAGCAGUGCCGGGAAAAAACUGUUUGAUGGUAUCAGCAUCUUCGUACAGAGAUUUCCAUACCCAGCUUACCUUCACGAUGGAUUACUGUUUGUCUCUAGUCCUUUCCUUCCUUUGAUUUUCAUACUCAUGUUCUCUCCAACUGUACUUUCCAUCAUGCGAUCCAUCGUGUGGGAAAAAGAGAAGAGAUUGAAGGAAUACCAGCUCAUAAUUGGACUCAGGGGCUGGAUGAUCUGGGCUGCGUAUUUCUUCACAUUCUUCCUUUUAUAUAUUAUUAUCAUCUCUUUGGUUUGUGUGUUAUUCUUUACCAAGAUUUCAAGUGAGCCAAUCUUCCGCUACAGUGACUAUAGUUUCUUCUUUGUCUUUCUUCUGUGUUAUGCUAUCGCUUCAAUAUUAUUUGGCUUUAUGGUUAGCACAUUGUUCAGUAAAGCCCAUUUGGCUACUAGUGUUGGAAAUUUCCUGUUUUUUGCCAGUUUCUUUCCAUUUAACUUUAUCAUUCGACACUAUGGAGAGCUAACCCUUGCUAACAAGGUAGUUGCCUGUCUCAGCUCAAAUGUUGCAUUGGCACUCGGAAUUAAUCUUCUGCUCAAGUUGGAAUUAAGAGAGAUUGGUGUUAAAUGGGAUAACCUUUGGAAAUCAGCCAACAUUGAGGAUAACCUCAUCUUUGGCUAUAUGUUAGGAAUGCUUUUAUUUGAUGCUUUUUUGUAUGGCCUUGUUACCUGGUAUAUAGAAACUGUCUUUCCAGGGCAGUACGGCGUGCCCCAACCGUGGUACUUUUUCCUUAAGCGCUCAUAUUGGUUUAGCAAAUCAAGAAUUAGAAAGAAAAAAGAAAGGAAAACCUCUGGGAGAACUCAAGGCAACUUUUUUGAGGCUGAACCUACCGGUUUGGUGGCAGGUAUACAGAUCGAGAAUUUGCACAAGGAAUUCAGAGAUAAAGCUGUAAUAAAAAACUUGUCUUUAAAUAUAUAUGAGGGGCAGAUCACUGUUCUUUUAGGACAGAAUGGGGCAGGAAAAACCACUACUUUGUCUAUUCUCACAGGUCGUUAUCCUCCUACCAGUGGGGAGGCCCAUAUUAAUGGGUAUGCUAUUUCAACAAACAUUAAUAAGAUUCAAAAACACUUAGGCUUCUGCCCCCAGCACGACUUAUUUUUUGAUGACUUGACACUGUCAGAACACGUUUUUUUCUACUCUGUGAUAAAAGGAAUACCUCAGAAGAUAAGUUCUGUUGAACUUGACCACAUGCUGACUAUUUUUAACCUUCUCGAACAUCGUGAUGUACUUUCACAGUCACUGAGUGGAGGAAUGAAGCGCAAACUCUCCAUCAUUAUAGCACUUAUUGGGGGCUCCAAGGUGGUGAUACUUGAUGAACCAUCAUCUGGCUUGGAUCCAGUCUCAAGGAGAGCCACCUGGGAUCUCCUGCAGCGAUAUAAACACAAUCGUACCAUCUUACUGACCACCCACUACAUGGAUGAAGCUGACAUCCUGGGUGACCGCAUUGCCAUCAUGGUCUGGGGGACCCUGCGUUGCUGUGGCUCUUCAGUCUUCCUGAAACGAAUAUAUGGUGCUGGAUAUCAAAUAGUCAUGGACAAGGAACCACACUGUGUUGUUGAAAAGGUCUCUGCAAUGAUUCACUCUCAUGUUCCUAAUGCCACUUUGGAAAGGAAUAUUGGUACUGAGUUGUCAUUUAUCUUAUCCAAAGAAUAUACAGAAAGGUUUGAAGCUCUAUUUAAUGAUCUAGAAAAGAAACAGAAAGAGCUGGGCAUUGCCAGCUUUGGUGCUUCAGUUAGUACUAUGGAAGAAGUCUUCAUGAAGGUCAAUAAGCUUGCAGAUUCCCAAAGGAAUGUCCAGUUCUCCCAGAUCCAUAACAUAAAACAAGACGAGGAACAGAAUAUGAGUGUGUCCAGCAGUUGUGAGAGACCAUUCUCUUCCAGCUUGAAGGAACUUGCUACCAUUAAAUAUAAUACUGGGCUUCCGCUUCACUUCCAGCAGUUUUAUUCCAUGUUUCUGAAAAGAGCACUAUUUAGUUUGCGCAACUGGAAGAUGAUAUUGCUACAGAUAGUAGUCAUUUUGUUUCUCACUUCGUAUCUUUUAAUAGCUCUGAACUUAAGAGAUAGUAAUAUUUUACCUGCCAGGGAAAUGGAUUUGAGUCAGUAUGGUCAAACCAUUGUACCUUACUCAGUUUCAGGGAAUUCUGAUUUAACUCUGAAUCUCAUAAAGAACCUUGAGAUUUUUCUAAAGCCUAAAAAUCAAGAACUACGGAAAGUGCAAGGUAAUAUAACAAACUACAUAUUGGAAAGUAAAGAGUGUUAUGAUUUCUGCAUUAUUGCAUUUUCCAUUGAGGUUGAGAAAGACAAGACAAUAAUGACUAUACUUUUCAGUAAUGAGGCAUAUCAUUCAUCUGCGACAUCCCUGGCAGUGUUAGACAACAUACUUUUUAUGUCACUUUCUGGCCCCAGCGCUUCCAUUAAAGUCUCCAACAAGCCUCAACCUCUCCCUCUUUAUGGUUCUAAUGUAGUGCUUGUGAAUGGAUUUCAGAUAGUAAUAUGUCUGUCUUUUGGCAUGGCUAUAGUGUCUGGUAGCUUUGGUCUCCAGACAAUAACUGAGCGAAUCAAUAAGGCAAAGCACAUCCAGUUUGUGAGUGGGGUCUAUGUAUUUACUUACUGGCUCUCCGCUUUAUUGUGGGAUCUCAUCUACUUCUUCAUUUCCUGCUGCUUACUACUGGGAGUAUUCCUAUUCUGUGGAGUAGAUGCAUUUAUUGCGGAUUACCACUUUCUGGACACAAUGUUGAUCUUCAUGCUGUAUGGCUGGUGUGUCGUUCCUCUCAUGUAUCUUGGAAGUUUCCUGUUCUCUGACAGUACUACUGCCCUCAUCAAGCUCACGCUCUUCAACUACUUCUCAACCAUUUGCAGUAUCAUGGCUCACAUCAUAAUACAACACAUCGAACUCCAGAUUUCUAACUCCAUCACACCAUACAUGCGUCACAUAUUAAUGGUGCUUCCUAGUUACAAUUUUGCAAUGAGUUUCAGCAAGUUCUUUGAUAACUAUGAGAAGAAAAAAGUGUGUGCCAGGCGAAUUCACAGAAUCUCCUUGAACUGCAGUAAAUCAUUUAUUCAGAACGACAUCUACAGUUUUGGAGAAUUGGGAAUUGCAAAAUAUUUGGUUACCUUGGCUGCCCUAGGCUUAUUUUACUUCCUCUUGCUAUUGUUCCUAGAGAUCGAAUUCUGGAACCUGAAAAACUAUGUCUGCCAUAACAUUAUUUUUAAUGUCUACAAGGCAUUCAUACAAGGCAAGAAGGCUAGAGUGGCUAACCAAGCAAUCAAGGAAUGUGAGGAUGAAGAUGUUAAAAAAGAAAGGGAAAAUGUCUUGUCACUACUUCAAAAAUUACAGACAACCCCACUGCUUCUUAAAGAACUUACAAAGAUUUAUUUUAAGUGUCCAGUUGUAAAUGCUGUAAGAAAUAUCUCCCUUGUAGUAAAAAAGUCAGAAUGCUUUGGAUUACUUGGAUUAAAUGGAGCCGGGAAAACUUCUAUAUUCAAAAUGUUGACUGGAGAAGAACCCAUCACCUCUGGCGUGGCGUUAGUUGACGGUAUUAGCAUCGUUGAACAUAUCAGAAAGGUUAUGUCAAGAAUUGGCUAUUGUCCUCAGUCUGACUCCAUGCCAACCCACAUGACAGGUCGGGAAUUGCUGGUUAUGUAUGCCAGGUUGUGGGGGGUACCUGAGCCAAACAUUUACCAGUAUGUGGAAGCCUUUUUGCAUUCAUUGCAGCUGGAAACUUAUGCUGACGAGUUUAUCUACACAUACAGUGGAGGAACCAAACGUAUACUGAAUACUGCUAUUGCCCUAAUGGGAAAUUCAUCAGUCGUCUUCCUAGAUGAGCCAUCUACUGGCAUGGACCCAGUAGCCCGGCGCCUGCUCUGGGACACAAUUACAUUGAUCUGUAAAACUGGUAAAGCUAUCAUCAUAACCUCCCACAGGAUGGAAGAGUGUGAGGCGUUGUGUAAUAGGCUGGCCAUCUUGGUAAAGGGGAAGUUUGCAUGCCUAGGCAGUGCUCAGCACCUCAAGAAGAAGUAUAGUAAUAUGUACACUCUGACAGUAAAGAUUAAGAUUGAUAAUAAUGAAGAUAAAGUAAAGGAGUUCAAAGAAUUUAUUGAAACAAACUUCCCAGGUAACAUCAUAAACCAGGAACAUCAAGGGAUUAUUGGCUACUACAUUCCCAGGAAGGAAAUUUGCUGGGGAAAGGAGUUUAGUAUUUUGGAGGAAGCUAAAGUGCUAUUCAAUUUAGAAGACUAUUUCUUCAGUCAGAUAACACUGGAACAAGUUUUCCUGACCAUUGCUAAUAUUGAUAAAACGGAAAAAUAAUUAGUAAAUA